GUUGGUGCCUGGAAUGGGUCACCAGGGGUAGACAUGGACGCAGGCAGUUUGGUGGAGUUUAAGAGGCUUAGUAGUGUAGCAGUUAGCCGAACACUAUUACAGCGCCAGUGACCCGGGUUCAAUUCCCACCACUGUCUGUAAGGAGUUUGUACGUUCUCCCCGUGUCUGCGUGGGUUUCCUCCGGGUGCUCCGGUUUCCUCCCACGUUCCAAAGACGUACAGGUUAGGAAGUUGAGGGCAUGCUACGUUGGCGCCGGAAGCAUGGCGACACUUGCGGGCUUAGUCCUUGUCUAAUGGGUGAGAUUCGACCUUUAGUUGUAAAGGAAUGAUGCUCAACUUUCACUACAGGCAACUGCAUGCAAAGUUUUUCCACACUUUAGAGUACGUUUGCUCAAAUUUAGUAUUGAAUCUCCAGCCACCUGUUGCGCUUUUACACAGAUCAGGGAAUAUCGAGGAUCUUCAACCAAAAAUCCAAGCCACACAGACCAAGCCAUAAAUUAGAUUUAAAUCAAGUAUAGAAAACAGAAUAAAUGUUUGGACACGGAUGAUAUUGGGGGACAUGAAUAAGACAGUAAGAAGAAGCAAAAAAUGAUUUCCAUCAUUUCUGAAAGAAUGAAAUGUCAUUCUUUUAAAAUUAAAUUUUAAGGACCAGAGGGGUUAUUGAACAGUUGUUAUUAAUAAUCAAGUGUUUAAAAUGCAAUUAUUUCCAGAUGAACCAGCCCUCACUAAUUCUUUCUUGGCAAACAAAUAGAUGGGUACCCUACUUCACCCCAUCAUAACGAUAGCAGUGCUGGGACAUUCGAUAAGGUUGUAUUGAGGCGAGAGGGAUGGAGAGGGUGAGGCUGAACAAUGGCAUUGAGAUGCCACUGGUAGGACUGGGGACCUUCAAGCUGAGAGGGUACGACAUCGUGUACCAGGCACUGGAUGCCGCUCUGGCACACGGCUAUCGCUCCUUCGACACCGCAAGCGUCUAUCAGAACGAAGCGGACAUCGGCAAGGCUCUGAAGGACCUACUCCCGAAACACGGGCUGUCCCGGCAGGACCUGUUCAUCACCAGCAAGCUGGCCCCCAAGGACCACGGGCGGGAAGGGGAGGCGGGCUGUCUGCGGAGCUUGGAGGCGCUGGACUGUGAGUACUUGGACCUCUACCUCAUUCACUGGCCUGGCAAACAGGGCCACAAGAGCGAGGACUCUCAGAACCCAGCCUGGCGUCAGGAAAGCUGGGAAACAAUGGAGAGGUUAUACGGGAGUGGGAGCUUCCGGGCUAUUGGGGUGUCCAACUACACGGUAGGCCACCUACAGGAGCUAUUGGCCAGAUGUCACGUCAAGCCAGCUGUGCUCCAAGUGGAAUAUCACCCACAUCUGGUGCAGGAGGAGCUACUAGCCUUCUGCCUGGCAAAUGGUAUCCAUUUGCAAGCGUACUCCUCCUUGGGGACUGGAUAUCUGAUAACAGAGCCAAAGGUUGAAGCUCUGGCUACCAAAUACAGUAAAACCCCUGCCCAGGUCUUGCUGCGAUGGGCCCUGCAGCAGGGAAUCGGCGUCAUCCCGAAAUCCUCGAAUCCCGAGCGGAUUGCCCAGAACUUCCAGCUUUUUGAUUUCAGUCUUGGCAAGGAGGACAUGGAGGUCCUGAACGGGAUGCACUCGGACACCCGGUACUGCUGGGAUCCCAGACACGUGGUCUGAACGUUUGAAUUUGCUGGGAUCCCGGUCGCGUUCUACAGCACCCUAAUCAGACUGUCUCACCCACCAGGAUUUUCACCCACUGCACCUUCACCUCCAGGAUUAUGCUAUCUUCCUUCUACAGUUCAUCAUAUUGGAUAUCUAUGACAUGGCAUUGUAAUCCUUGGUGUGCCUGAUGGUUUUCUCCACUGAUUCUUGGCAAUAGCGAAUACACCUUCUAACUCUGAGUAAAGAAAUUCUGAACUCACUAGUUGAUGCAUCAGUGGCUAUCUUACAUUCAUAAUCAGGUGGAUAGGAUGGGGAAGAAGGCGUUUGAUACACUUGCCUUCAUUGGUCAGGGCACUGAGUACAAGAGUAGGGACAUCAUGUUAAACUGUACAGUGAGACCACACUUGGAGUACUCUGUGCACUUCUGGUCGCCCAGCUAUAGCAAGGAUGUCAUUAAGCUGGAAAGGGUGCAGAAGAGAUUCACAGGGCUUGAGUUAUAACGAGAGACUGGACGGGCCGGGACUGUUUUCCCCGGAGCGAAGGAGGCUGAGGGGUGACCUGAUAGAGGUUUAUAAAAUCUUGAGGGGCAGAAAUAAAGUGGAUGGUCACAGUCUUUUUUCCCCAGGGUCGGGGAGUCUAAAAGGGCAUGGGUUUAAGGUGAGAGGGGAAAGGUUUAAAGGGCAAGUUUUUCACCCAGAGGGUGGUGGGUGUAUGGAACGAGCUGCUGAUGGGAGUGGUAGAAGUGAGUACAAUUCACACAGAGAGUGGUGCGUAUAUGGAACGAGCUGCCAGAGGAAGUGGGUGAGGCAGGUACAGUAACAACAUUUAGAAGAUAUUUGGACAGGUACAUGGAUAGGAAAGGUUGAGAGGGACAUAGACCAAGCACAGGACAAUGGGAGUGGCUCAGGUCAGCAUGGACAAGUUGGGCUGAAGGGCCUGUUUCUUUGCUAUGUCACUCUGAAGCUAUGAUUCUGCAAUGCAUAGAUUUGGAUUUCAUCUGGAACAGGGUUCAGUCCGACAGUCUGCCCCCCCCCCCCCAAUUUGUCCCUAAACAGGGUGCAACACCCAGCCCGCAUCUGAUUUUGGUUCACCAGAUUGAAUCCUGGUGUGGUUGGAUUGACAUUUGAAGAGGGAUUGGGUCUGUGGGUCCGUGGGUCCGUUAGGUUUAUAUUCAGGUUUAAAAAAAUAGAGGGGGAUAUCACAGAAACCGACAAAAUUCUAAUGGAAUUGGGCAGGUUAGACGCAGGAAGGGUGUUCCUGAUGGCUGGGGGCUCCAGGACCAGGGGUCAGGGUCUGAGCUGUUUCACAUGGAGCUGAAGAGAAGUUUCUCCUCCCAGCAACUGGUGAACCAGUGGCUUUCUCUCCCACAGUGAGCAGUCGAAGCUAAAUCAUUAAAUAUAUUCAAGAAUGAGCUGCAUAUUGUUCUUCAGACUAGAGGGUUCAAUCCUGACCUCCGGCGCUGUGUCUGUGUGUCUGGAGUUCGCACAUUCCCCCCAUGAACACGUGGGUUUACCCUGGGUGGUGCUGUUCCCUCCCACAUCCUGACAAUGUGCGGGGUCGGUGGGUUAAUUGGCUGCUGUGAAUUGCCCCUCAGUGUGUGGGUGAGGGGUAGAAUCUGGGGGGAGUUGAUGGGAAUGUGGGGGAGAGUAAAAUGGGAUCAAGGUAAAUGGGUGCCAUGUUUGGCAUGGUCUCGGUGGGCUGUUUCCAGCUGUAUGACCCCAACUCUCUAUGAAUUUGGACGAUCAGUCCUAUUCAUACUGAACGGUUGAUCAGGCUCAAAUGGCUACUCCUGCCACUAUUUCUGUUUUUAUAAGGCCGCAUAAAGUGGAACACUUCAAGAGCCUCUCGGAGUGACUCAUUAUCGAUCUGUUUAGUUUAUGGACACAGUUCUAAAAUAUAAGGCACAUCACCGGUUACUGUACCAUAGGUGUCAAUUGUGACCCGUUUGGAACCUCUCUCCCCCUCUGCCCUCUGAGUCAGAAGAUCAUGGGUCCAAGUCCCACGCCAGGGACUUGAGCUCACAAUCCAGGCCAUGACAGACACUGGCUGACCUGCGGUUGCAGUCAUUUUGCUUUUCAUAAUCCAGUUCCAGUGCAAGGGCUGAGGGAAGCAGAGCUGUCUUCUUCAGUGAGACGUUAAACGAGGCCCUCCCUGGCCACCAUUAAUCACGGAUCCGACAUUCCCAAAGCACAGGUUGUCUUGUCAUUAUUCCAUUGCUGUUGCGGUGUUCCGUUUGGCUGCUAUAUUAUCAGAAUUGGGUUCUUUACCACUGACAUACGAUGUGAAAUUUGCUGUUUUGCGGCAGUAGUACAGUGCAAAGACAUAAAAACCUAUCAAUUACAGUAGAACAUAGAACAGUACAGCACAGUACAGGCCCUUCGGCCCACGAUGUUGUGCCGACAUUUUAUCCUGCUCUAA